ACAACUGUAACUUUCUUAACAGAACAGAUGAGUCUCACAACCAGGAGCCGAAUAAAUGCUUUUCAACGUCUAACACAAUUUCUUCACUGAAAACAUAAUCAGGUAGGUCUAUUUUCUUAUUAAGAAGUUUAUUCCGGUGUGGGAUAGAAGUGCUUUCAGAAGAUCCGCGUAGGGUGCCCACAACAGUCGAAAUGUUGCAUAGUGUAAAACGGACCGACGUCCAUUCAUAAAGAAAACGGACUUAAAUGUACAAUUCUUAGGCUACUCGUAACUGGGUUGAUGUUACAUUUACUGUCCCUAAAAGUGACACGCAUUGUUACAUUGUUUAACAGGGUGAUGUAUUUGCUGGUAUUUUUACAUUGUUGUAAUUUUGGCAUGUUGGGGGCUACAAUGUAGAAAACUUUAACUGCUGUGUCUGGUGGAAUUGUAGCGACGUAGCCUCUAGGUAUCACACCCAUAACAGAGAACACGCUAUCCGUCUUUUGUAGGCCUAUAUUUGAAAAAUAGUCCAAUAGUAUACAUUUGCAAGAAACAACAUUUUGAGCCAAAUGGACGUGAACAAACUUUUUCUAGAAGCUUUUAUUAAAAGUAUUGCCCACUUGCCAGAUGUUGCUGCUCAUCUUACGUUAUAUUCAGUCCAACGUCCAAGGGUUAUGUUCUUGCUUUUGUUUAGAUUUGAGUAAGCUUCAUGUGACCGAGCACCACUUUUUGUUUCAGUUUUUCAUAAUGAUGCUUCAGCAUCAGGGAUUCAGCCUGUCUGAGAUCAGUGCGUCAGCCUUUGUAACCUGCCUGUCCCCGCCUGGAACACUCACGCUCGAGGACUUCACCAACUUCACUCCCCUGGUAAAGGAAGAGUUGCGCUACGCUAUCCAGAACAGGCGGCUGUCCAACGGACUGAGCACCGAUAUCAUGAGCGACUGUGCAAGCUCAAGUUCAGACAGACCGUCAGAAGCCACAAGUGUCAAGAGACAGGUAAGGAUGUCGACAUUAGUCGCGUACUGUAAUAUCUACUCCUUUUCAGUACUUUUUUGGCCCCCAUAAAGCCAAUAGUAAUUAUUACAUUGUAAAUGGCAUUAGGGGCCUUUUUUUUGUAAUUGCCUAAGUUUUCACUGAAUCGUGUGAGAUGGUGGAAAAUUAAUUCGUAGCUAUACAGAACACUGUAAUUACAGGUUUACCAACACAUUGCAGCACACACUAGUUUGGUGCUGUUAUUCGAGGUUGUUCAUUUUCCCGAUGUGUGUAUUAGGCGACCCCAGAAGAAAGUGAGAGGAGGAAAAGAAGACGAGAAAGAAACAAAGUAGCUGCUGCCAAAUGUAGGAAUAAGAAGAAGGAGAAAACUGAUGGUCUGCAAAAGGUAGGUUCAAUAUGUAUUUUAAAGGGCAGUACAGCCUUAUUAGGAUGGAGAGAGAUUAUACAUUUUACCCAGAGGCUGCCAGACAGACUGUGGGUCUUUUGUGAUUUGUUAAGUAGACAUACAGUGUUAUAUUAUGCCAUAUCUUUAUUUAUUCAAAACGUUUUUCCAAAUAAAGUUAGAGCCUCAUUAAUGUGCCUCAAUGAUCAUUUCUAUUUAGUCUCCCAUUCUUUUUAUGACUAAAGUGAAGGGUAGAGGCUCCCGUUUUUUAUGUAAGGGCUCAACGUAAUUAUUUGCAUACAAACUCAAAUGCACUAAACAUAAUUGAGUAUUCAAAACAUUUACCAACAUGGUUAACAGGAUCUAACCAAACUACUAUUCCAGGAGUCUGAGAAACUAGAGGUGGUGAACGCUGAGUUGAAGGCCCAAAUUGAGGAGCUGAAGAACCAGAAGCAGCAGUUAGUCUACAUGUUGAACCGCCACCGGCCCACCUGCAUCGUACGGGCCCAGAACGGCCAGACCCCUGAGGACGAGAGAAACUUGUUCAUCCAGCAGAUCAAGGAGGGAACCCUGCAGAUGGGUCAGCUGGACCACCGCCACAUCUCAGUGCCAACCGCCUGUGGCCAUCUCUGAUCCACACACUCUGGGGUAGUAGGGUACUACUUAUUCACUCAAACACUCACCGUCCCCUGGCUACUGCACUCUGUACCUGCAUCAAGUGAAGGCUCUGUCAGGCCGUCAAAGCAAAGGAGCUUUGCACGUUCCACUCCUCAACAUAGUGACUGCUGCUGGGUUGAUGAUAAGAGGAAGGACUGGACAGCACAAGGACAGACACCCCGUGUUCCACCUAGGGUGGGCUUGGGCUUUUCCGGCACAUAGGGUGAAUGUCAAAGCACUAAAACAUAGAAAUACAUAGAAUGUAUUUAUUGUUUCCUUAAAUCUUUUACACUUUUAUUUGAGGUAAAUGGCUUGUUCUCGGUUUUUGUACCAAAGCAUGACGUCAAUGUGGUAAAGGCACAUGAUUUCACUGGUCAGUUGAGAUAUAUGCUUGUUGAGGAAAAAUACUACUUGUAUAAGCUAUCUUUAUGGCACACAAUAAAUGUGGAGAGAUAGUAAUGGCUAUGUACUGUGUGCGACAUUGAUAGCUGUGUUAUUACAUUUAUAUCGAAAGGCUUUCGCAUACAUUGUAUGAAGUGUUUGCUGUUAUUGAAUAUAUUCUGUAUUAGCUGUGGCUAUAGCUCACUUUCUUCCCCCUUGACUUGCCUAACAAAAACCUCUGAAGCUGCUACUACUACUAACUCAGAUUAUACAGGAACAGUUCAUAUCACAGGAACCCUCAAGUAAGAGGACAAUAAAAGGAGUGCAUGGAAUGUGGAUUCACUUAGAUAGCAUUUCAUUUAACUUACUGACAGACAAUGGCACUGUUAGCCCUGGAACUACUUUCUUGAAAAUCAGUCAUUACAUUGCUGUAAGCUGGUGUAUUCUGAAUAGGCCCUGAUUUCGUAGUGAUCUGUAGUAUUUUCUCGGAAAUGUUGAAGCUAUGCUUGUGUGUUUCCUAUUACAUUUAGUUCACAUGUAUAAAGUAAUGUUGUUACUGUAUAACAUAUAUGUAAACCAACUUACACCUGCCUAUUGUCUUCAAAAAGGUGUUUGUAUGUAUUAUUGAAGCUGGACUUAUAAAAUAGAACCACUAGGUAUAAGUAGUUAGAUAUCUAAGUGGAAUUAUUUAGCACUCUGCUUGUCUUAGGUUUUCACUUUGAAGUCUUGGAAGAUUACAUUAAUUGCCUCAGUGUUUGGCUGCAAUUACCAAGUCACUGCCAAACAACCCUCCUCCCUCUCCCAUCAGUCCGUUGGUUGUGCUGCGACGUCGUCACAGGACAGUUGCGCAACGAGAAACUCUGGUUGGGCUCACUGCUCAAACAACAAAUUUUUAUGAUCAAUAGUAGCUUUUAUUUCUAUAUUCUGUAAUGUCUCAAAAUAACAUGUGUGGUUUAUGGUAAGGGAAUGUUUAUUUGUGUGUGUUUGUGAGUAAACGGUUGAGAGGAAGACUGUGAGAGACGCAGGCGUCCAUGUGUUUUAUUUGUUUUUGUGUAGUUCAGUGUUUCGUGUUCAAACAUGCAAGCUAGUCAUGGCUGAUGGCUUACUACUGAAGGGUGACACGCCUGUUUUAUGUUCUUCAAUACCUGUCUUGUUUUUCUGUUUCACCAUCCAUUCUUUCUAUCACUUAAACAUUGUUCACUAAAAGUAUUUGAGUGGAAUGCGAAAGAUCAAAUUGUAUCAAGUCAGAUAAAACCACACGCUGAAACCAAUUAAGUACUCAAUUCUAUUCUGUCUGUUGAUUUUUCUGUUUUUGAUACUUUGUUAAUAAAUAUAUAUAUACUUCAAAUGUUU